AUCUAUGGGAUGUUAAUAGGUGUUGCACUGUCCUUUACCGACUGAAUCUAAAGGUCACCUACAUCAUAUUUAAUAAUUCAGUCCCCACCGCAAAGAAAACGCAAUACGGCUUCACUGUUAAGAUAACUUUGUUAAUGCGGUUUAAGGAAGUAAUUGCCGUUUAUUCUGAGAAUAUAAAACACACAAAUACAAAUUGUGGAAUAAAUGCAGAAUUAUUUAUUGUUAAUAGAGAUGGCUCAUCGGUGAUGAACCUUCGUGUUUAAAGGGUUAAUCUGAAGUUCAAUAUUCUUCACUUAUUUGAUUGUUUUAUUCCGCUUCAGUACUCAAGGAGACAUUGGAACGAAAAUAAAUCUAUGUGCUUGUACCGUACGUUGUUUAAUUACACUGCACCGUUGAUGUGAACCAUUUAUGAAGAAGUAACGUUGUUCGGAAUUGUUUAGGUUAUCUGUGGUGCACCGUUAUUUGCGAGCUGGGAAGUUGGUCGUGUGGUUUUUAACAUAGAUUAAUCAGUUAAUAAGCCGCAUAAUGUACUGUUCGUUCGUGUAUGUUUGAAGUUACAAGAUUUUUUCACGAAUAACAUGAAUGGUUCCACAGCAAAUGAAAUUGGUGAACCAACGCCAAGCAUCCCUGGGCCAUAUCGCAGUCCUGAGCAAACAGAGGCAUAUCCCCUGAAGCAAAGUUUAUAUAGAGGAAGUGGUGGGUCUGGCAAUAGAACCCAUGGGUUGAGGUCACUUACUCGAUGCUGCAGUGGAUCUGCUGAUAACAAUGGUGCCAGCCUUCGUAUUAUUAUUCUGUGCUUUGUGGCUUUAACCUUGGCUGUGAUAAUAGCUCUAGCUGUUCAGAUCUACUAUGGAGAUUAUCAGCUCAUUCCGCAUGGUAGUGUUGCCACAGACAACUUUCACUGCUCUGUCAUCGGAACUGAUGUCCUGAAAAAUGGUGGAAAUGCUGUUGAUGCUGCUGUUGCUUCAGUGUUCUGUUUAGGAGUGGUGAACCCACAUGCAACAGGACUAGGCGGUGGUGGAUUUAUGAUCAUAUAUAACCAUCGCAAGCAAAAAGUAUUAGACGUGAUUGAUUUUCGAGAAGCAGCACCCGCUUCCAUCAGUAUUUCAAAUGAUGCACCAGGCAGUUAUGUGGGUGUGCCAGGUGUGCUGAGGGGACUAGCCAUGGCUCAUCAGCUGCAUGGGAAAUUACCAUGGAAAGAUGUCAUCACGCCAGCAGUUCAGAUUGCUCGAACAGGUUUCUAUGUUCCUGAGACAUUGUUUGCUGCAAAGUCUCAUCUGGAUCUCGAUGAAUUCAACGGCAAACUUUUUAAUUGGACGGCACCGCUAGAAGCCGGCCAGAACCUGACCAUGUCUGAAUUGGCAGCUACAUUGGAGUUGAUAUCUGUUAAAGGACCUAAUGUUUUCUAUAAUGGUAGCCUUGCAAAAGGUAUCCUAGUUGCUGUUACAAAUGCAGGAGGCAAGAUGACAGAACAAGAUCUAGCCUCUUACCAGGCGGUGAGGCGCUCUGCACAAGAAGCUACAUUCGCUGACUUCAAUAUCUUUGUUCCUGACCUUCCAUCAGGAGGUCCAGCUCUCUUGGCAACCUUGGGAUUACUUCCUGUUAUAAAUUCUUCAAGAGGUGGACAAGGAAUGUCUCUGGUGCACAUUCUCAGUCUAGUAAAUGCAUCUGAAAACAUUUAUAGACAGGCACUUCGUGGCAUUUGGGGUGAUCCAAAUUUCCUUGCUCAAAAAUAUGAGUAUGAGAGAGGCGAAGUCAAUUUCGGAUCGUUGACACAAUCUGCGAGCUCCCAUGUUGCUGCAGUGGAUUUGAAUGACAUAUAUGUCUCUGUUGUUAGUGGUCUCAAUACAUGGUUUGGCUCACAGUUGCUUACAAAUGGAGGCUUUGUAUUAAAUAAUGCACUCGUCAAUUUUGGGGUGGGAAAGAACAGCCCGUUUCCAGGCAAACGUCCGUUAUCGUUGGCUACGCCUAUUAUUGCUGUGGAAAGGAGACGUGUGUGUGGACGCAGACUGGUGCUUGGUUCAGCGGAUAUGACAGUGGCAGCGCAGCUUCUGUCACGUCUUCUUGUACUGGACACGAACAUUACAUGGAGUGUGGAAGCCCCUCGUUUUCAAAUUGCAGAUGGAAAUAAGAGUAUUUUUCUUGAAGAUCACGUGCCGCCACUGAGUAAGAAUGCACAGGAAUAUCUCCAAACAUUUGGCUACCGCCUGCAGAGUCUGUCUAAACCGUAUCAGAGCUGUAACAUUGUGGAGAAAGUUGCAGAUGAGCUGGUAUCACACUCUGAUUCCCGUGGAGGAGGCGUGUCUUCUAGAUUUUAAUUUUCACAUUGUUCUAGUGAGGGGCAGAAUGACCAGAAUAGAGGUAAGCCAAAGAAGCGGCAGCAUCGUCACCCACUUGACGUUAUUAUACCCAUUUUCAUGACUGAUCUUGUUGUACUUGCUGACGCCAAUAUUGUUCUAUGUUUAUGAUAAUGACGAGGAAUGUAACACGCCCUUUCCCGUAGGUUAUCAGAUGUGGGCGUACAUUUUUAACUGAUAAUCAAAUAUUUAAUACUAGAAAGUGUUAUGUAGAUUCAUUGCCAGGUUCUGCUUUUUGUGUGACAUUUGACGAGUCAAUAAGCAGCUUCUCUUUGAGUUUCGAGACAGGCUUUCUGUGCCAGGAUUACCGUUGGCACCAAAAUGACUAUUUACUGUCGCCAUAGCUUCAUCUGCUUCAGUGGGGUGUAGUAUAUCUUUAGAAAGAAAGUUGAUUGAUGACAUUUGAAUAGGAGAGGCUAGUGGAGUUGUUUUGUAUGCCGGUACUUAUUUAUUUUUGGUUUAUUUAAUGAUGCUGUCACUAGCUCAGAAUAUAUAGUAUUGGAUGAUAGGAUAAUUAAUGAGUAAUGAAUAAGAAAGGAUGUGGAAAGAAGUGGUAAUAACCUAAUUCUUGUGGCAUUUCCUGAAGAGACUGAGUAAAAUCAUGAAAAAAGACUCGCUGAGGAUAGUUUGUCUUCAGUCUGAGAUUUGAAAUGAGUGCUAACGACUUGCCUGUGAUGUCCAGUCCUAUUCGUAUAAAUAUUAUGUACAACAGUGUAGAAGAAAUUGAAAAGAAUGCACUCAAGGAAUGAAUAAGAUCCCUAAAGCGGCCCAUCCACGUACGAGUCUGACUUGCGAGUCUGGCUCGGCGAGCUUGACUCGUGAGCCAGGCUCGGAUGUAUUUCACCACACAUGCAUAGCAGACUCAGCUCGUGACACCCCACCCACAAACGAGUUUGGCUCGAUGGAACCCGAGCCAAGCCGGACUAGCAAACCAGACUCGUACGUGGGUGGGUCGCUUAAGAAAUGAUAAAUUACACGUUCAUAUGUAAAGAAUGGGGAAAAAAGAUGGAAAUUUUCAAUUUUUUCAUGAUCAUAACAGGUGAAGUCCUAAUAAUCGGAGAGGGAGGAACAUUGUGAUUCACAAUUCACCAUUUAUGAUAAUAUUAUCAUUUCUCAUUUGCUGCCUCGCCUUUGCAGUUGAUUUAACACCAAAUAUAUUAACAUUGAAUCCAGUUUAUAUUCUAGAUUUCAAGUGACUUUUAUCAGCUUCUCUAGACCAGAAUUCACAUUCCCAUCACAUGGAGUGGAUGCAUUAUAUUUAACAAACUGUUUUUUUAUGUUGCUGUGAUGCCACAGUAUUAUCUGCAUUGACUGUGUAAUACAGUGCAUGCAGAGAAAGAACGCAUGUAAUUACUGUAGUGACACCAAGUUAGCGGGUCGCUCUACAAAGAAAUAUAAUUUGUACGGAUUUAAGGUUUUCAAAAUAUCAGGUUGGGAUUAAAAAGAGGUUUUUCUUUUGUAAAGGAAUAUUUUACAAAUUAUAUUGUGAUGAUUAAAUUAUUUAUUUAUGUCUAUAGAAUGUGAUUUACAUACAUGUUUUUGUUUAUAUAAAUAUAUAUAAAAAUGAACUUUUGGCUUACUAAAUUUUUCUCUGUAAUGGAUUCAGUUUUAUGAGCUUCUGGUGAACUUGAUCCAAACAUUUUGCGUAUGACCAGGUAAUAAUGUCGCAAUAACACACCACAUUGUUUUUUUAACAGUUUAGGUAAUGUACGUGAACUUCCUAUCCAUGUUUGUAGACUGCCGAAGGCAAUUUACUGUUUUAAUCAGUGUGAAUUAUAAGAAUCGAGAAUUUGACUUAUUGAAACGCAGUGAAGUCAAUUAGCUCAUAAAAUGCACAGAAUGACAAUUUUGAUCUUUUUACUUAUUGCCAUAAGACAAAAUUCCAUUUUUGUUUACAAUGUUAUAUUCUUUGUACAAAUAUAUUUCUUUCAUUGAACACGGUUAAAUUUACGUGUCACAGAGGUGCCACGUAACUUCAUUGGUGAAAUGGUCUGGAUCUAGUCCUCUUUGGUACAGAAUAAGUGAGCACAUUAACGUCUUAUUUCAAUGAAUGAACAAAGAAAAAUGAUUUUUGUUUAUAUAUACGUGUAACUUCAGAACCAAAUAGUGCUUAUUUACAUGUAAACUUUAUUAAAGUAUAAAGAAAUUAAUGCA